AUGGCUUCUCUCAUUGACCGUGGGCUGUCCUGUCCUGCUGCCAGCUGGAGGCUGGGGUCCUGUCAGUCACUGGGCGACCCCUGCCAGGACCUUCCCCUGCUCAGACAAGCCCCUGAGGGGACAGGGGAGGAGGGGAGGAGGGCCAGGCCAGCGGGGCAGGGCGGCUCACUGAGAGGGCCCUUGGUCCAGGAGGGCUGGCCCCUCCACCCCUCCACCCAUUUCCUGCAGCCCCCUACACCCCUCUACCUGUCUCCUGCAGCCCCCUCCACCCCUCCACCUGUCUCCUGCAGCCCCUACACCCCUCCACCUGUCUCCUGCAGCCCCUACACCCCUCCACCUGUCUCCUGCAGCCCCCUCCACCCCUCUACCUGUCUCCUGCAGCCCCUACACCCCUCCACCUGUCUCCUGCAGCCCCUACACCCCUCCACCUGUCUCCUGCAGCCCCUACACCCCUCCACCUCCCCCUCCACCCCUCUACGUGUCUCCUGCAGCCCACUCCACCCCUCCACCUGUCUCCUGCAGCCCCUACACCCCUCCACCUGUCUCCUGCAGCCCCCUCCACCCCUCUACGUGUCUCCUGCAGCCCACUCCACCCCUCCACCUGUCUCCUGCAGCCCUUACACCCCUCCACCUGUCUCCUGCAGCCCCCUCCACCCCUCCACCUGUCUCCUGCAGCCCCCUCCACCCCUGCACCUGUCUCCUGCAGUCCCAUCCACCCAUCUACGUGUCUCCUGCAGCCCCUACACCCCUCCCCCUGUCUCCUGCAGCCCACUCCACCCCUCCACCUGUCUCCUGCAGCCCCUACCCCCCUCCACCUGUCUCAUGCAGCCCACUCCACCCCUCCACCUGUCUCCUGCAGCCCCCUACACCCCUCUACCUGUCUCCUGCAGUCCCAUCCACCCCUCUACGUGUCUCCUGCAGCCCCCUCCACCCCUCCACCUGUCUCCUGCAGCCCCAUCCACCCAUCUACCUGUCUCCUGCAGCCCCUCCACCCCUCCACCUGUCUCCUGCAGCCCCCUCCACCCCUGCACCUGUCUCCUGCAGUCCCCUCCACCCAUCUACCUGUCUCCUGCAGCCCCCUCCACCCCUCUACCUGUCUCCUGCAGCCCCUACACCCCUCCACCUGUCUCCUGCAGCCCCCUCCACCCCUCCACCUGUCUCCUGCAGUCCCAUCCACCCCUCUACCUGUCUCCUGCAGCCCCCUCCACCCCUCCACCUGUCUCCUGCAGCCCUUACACCCCUCCACCUGUCUCCUGCAGCCCUUACACCCCUCCACCUGUCUCCUGCAGCCCCCUCCACCCCUCCAACUGUCUCCUGCAGCCACCAACACCCCUCCACCUGUCUCCUGCAGCCCCUACACCUCUCCACCUGUCUCCUGCAGCCCUUACAAUCCUCCACCUGUCUCCUGCACCACCUGCACCCCUCCACCUGUCUCCUGCAGCCCCUACACCUCUCCACCUGUCUCCUGCAGCCCAUACACUCAUCCACCUGUCUCCUGCAGCCCCUACACUCCUCUACCUAUCUUUAUCUUCUGCUCCACACAUUCAGCCACAUCUCAGACCCUCGUCUCAGAGCCACAUCUCAGAGCCACAUCUCAGAGCCACAUCUCAGACCCUCGUCUCAGAGCCACAUCUCAGAGCCACAUCUCAGAGCCACAUCUCAGACCCUCGUCUCAGAGCCACAUCUCAGGGCAACAUCUCAGACCCUCGUCUCAGAGCCACAUCUCAGAGCCACAUCACGGACCCUCGUCUCAGAGCCACAUCUCAGGGCCACAUCUCAGACCCUCGUCUCAGAGCCACAUCUCAGAGCCACAUCUCAGAGCCAGAUCACAGACCCUCGUCUCAGAGCCACAUUUCAGGGCCACAUCUCAGACCCUCGUCUCAGAGCCACAUCUCAGACCCUCGUCUCAGAGCUAAAGUCACCCCUAGCCCUACCCCCUCUCCAGCCCACUGCCCCCCAACCCACUCCACCCCCCAGGCACUGUUCCCCAAGGGCCUGUUUGUUUCCCUGCCAGGGGCACAGGCGGCGGAACACUGA